AUGCCACCCCGACACCCUGGCCUCGAGCGCGAAAAAAGAAACGCACCCGCAGGCACACAGGCACGACCGCUUACGUCAGCCAGACGCACCUGCGCGCCCGCGCGCGCUCUGGGUCACGUCCAACGGCGCCCGAUCAAGCUCUGCGAAUCGUCAACGUCCGGAAACAGACGCCGACGCAGCGCGAACAAAGUCGCACCAAUUGCGAUCCCGACUGCACUCCCAGCUGCACUCCUAGCACGCUCCCAGCUGCGCUCCCAGCGCGCUCCCAGCGCGCUCCCGAUAGCGUAUCCGCCCUGCGGCCCUGGCCACUUGCGCCGCCAGCACUCGAAUGAAAUCCACGUUCUUACGGCGGCUGCCGAUCUACGGCCCGGUCUGCGCUCUUGCAACCACGUCCGGUUGCGGCCGGCUCUGCCGUCUGCGCGCCGGUCCGCGCCGGUCCGCUCCGCUUUUGCCUCCGCCUUUGCCUCCACCUUUACCUCCGCCAGCUUUGCCCCCUUUGAGAUGCUAGCUGCGCAUUUACGCCACGUCAGCUCACUCUUUUUUCCCACGACGACUCUCGGCGACUCUCCGCGGCGUAAACCUCCGGCGCCCGCGCCCCCGCGGGGGCGCGGCUCGUACACAGCGACGCCGCGGCCUGCGCCAGCUGCAGGCUCGGCGGUGCCUGCAGCACGCGCGCUGCACGACUAUGCGCCUGAAACCGGUAAUCGCCAUUUUGAGAGACCACCGAUGCGCGUCUGCGUUACGAGCCGCAGGGCGUUGCCGCGCUGGGCGCAAGCUGCAGGAGAACGGCCCGGAGACUCGCGCGGCUGGUUUAUGGGGGUGACGGUGACGGCGACGAGGGCGGUGAUAGUGGCGGUGACCGCGUCGACGCGGCGUAUUGUUUGUGGGUCGAGAAAAAAAAACACCCCGAACCUGCGGCGCCGGGUACGCAGACGAGCAUCACGUAGCGCGUCGCACCCCGGCUGUUAUCAGCGACCGUUUUGGGACGCGACCAUGCAGCAAGCAGCAACAGCUGUGCGCUAUAUAUGCUCGCGAGUUACGAGGGCCGGUCAGCGUGGCGCCCAGUCCGCUUCAGGAAUUGGUUUUUGCGUGCCGAGGCGCGCCCACACACCCGACGCAGGCGCGCAGGCGCGCAGGCGCACAGGCGCCGGGUAUAUGCCAGUUUCCCGAGGCUCGAGAAGCGCGGCCGGUCUGACGUGA